AGUGGUUUCAUAAAUCGUCUGAGAUUGUCUGUAAAUUGUAAUUUGACAGGCGGUGGAAUGAAAUUUUAAUGGAGAGCACUUAAGAGACUACACAAGGAGGUGGAUUCAUUCUGAACAUUUACGCCGGUGUGAGACAAGCUCUCAUGAUGUUCUUGUUGGUGGCGGUCUGUCUUCUGCUGAGCCCUCUUCAAGCUCAGAGUCGCUCUAUUGAGCAUAAACAGAAUGUCUUGGAAAAGAGUAAUGAGGAGACUGAAAACAGCGCUGAGCAAGAGGAUAUAUCAGUGUCAGCUAUAAUUGAAAGGGCCAACCAACAUGCAGGACGGAGAAUGAACGAGCCCUCGAUUGAAUUUGGAGACAUCGCUGUAGCAACAGGCUUGGAAAUCACAGAUCCAUGCGCAGCUUAUGGGUGCAAAUGGCAGAAAAGCAAAAAUGGAAAAGUCGUUGUGCCCUUUGUCAUCUCUGGUGAAUACUCCUCCAAGGAAAAGAAUGUCAUUUUCCAAGGCUUGAGAUCCUUUGAGAAAUCGACCUGCAUUCGCUUCAGGCCUCACACAAAAGAGAGGGACUAUAUCAACAUACAGCCUAAUAUAGGGUGCUACUCUUUUGUGGGUCGUCGCACUGGAGGUCAGACUGUGUCUCUGGACCGUGCUGGAUGCAUCUCCCUGAAUAUAGUGCAACAUGAGCUACUUCAUGCACUGGGCUUUCACCACGAACAGAACCGCAGUGACCGUGACAAUCAUGUCCAAAUCCUUACAACAAACAUCAUUCCUGGGCUGGAGCACAACUUUGAUAAAAUCAAGACCAACAACCUGGAAACUGCCUAUGACUACAGCUCUGUGAUGCACUAUGGAAGGUUUGCCUUCUCCAAGAACAAACAGCCAACAAUCAUCCCUUUUCCUGAUAGUAAAAUUCCUGUUGGGCAAGCUGAGAAAAUGAGUUCAAAUGACAUUCUGCGUAUUAACAGACUUUACUGCAGUACUUUUUAAAUCCUUCCUGCUCUUAUUAAUUCAUUUAAAAGAACAUUUUGAAAUCUUUGUCCUUGCAUUUUAAAGGAUAUGCUGAUAAGCAAAUGCAUUUAUACUUUUUACUGUUUCCUUUUUUUUGUUCCAGAAAAAAAGUGUAUGUUACCAAACUUGGUAUGUUACAAAACUGCAUAAUUUUAGAGUUGGGUCUGUUUUUUGGGGUCUGUAUUGUCAAGUGAGGGUCGUAACUUUUCAAGUAGUUUGGCAUGUAUGAGUAAAACAUGUUUAAAACAUAGCUGAAUUAAGGAAAUACAUAACAUUUCUCUUCCUCUGUCUCAUGGUUUGUGUGCAAGUGACCACCCUUCUGUAUGCAAGGUUGCUAACCCCUAACAGAGCCAUACACAGUAGUUUCUUCUAUACUGAAAGGUUGUG